AUGAAGUAUAAAGAAGCUCAGUCACUUGAAUACAAAGCCCAAGUACCGUCAUUCAUAAGGCGAAUGAAGGGAGAAAACGUAGACGGUGAAGAAGAAGAAGAAGAGGAACUAGAUGAAUUUGGAAGAUCACGCCAGAAACGCUCAGAAGUAGUAGAAAAUCAGGAAGAGGAAGAUGAAAAGGAUCCUAUCAAGGCAUUACUCAAAGACGGUGCUCAAAUAGACAAUCUAGAAGACUUAGUUGACAAGCCGAAGUCGAGUACACCACCACCAGGUUCACCAACCCAGCAGGAUACUCCAAAGAAAGUAAAGCAAGAUGGCGUAAACUUCGGUAAUAACAAAACAAAAAAGCGUAAAACACUCCUGGUCGACAGCUCGUCUGAACCGUCAUCAUCUAAACAGCAAAAGAAGAAAAAGCAGAAGCAAAACAAGGGUUUACUUUCAUUUGAAUGA